GGAGGUGAUCGUCUAAUGUCCGCGUUGUAACCGUCCCCGCGGUGCUGCCGCACUCAGCAUGGACAACGUUUACCGGCGCUCACCGGCGGAGGCGCAGCAGCCUCUCGGCUUUGAUGGCGGCUACCUGGAGACGUCGUACGCGGCCAGCCGACCGAGCGGCGCGGCGCACGACGCGGCACAGCCGGACUACGCUGCGCAACACUGGACCUCUCCGCGGGGAUAUGCCGGUCACCCGUACGGGUUUAGAUGCGACUUCCCCACUCCGUCUCACGGAGGCGGGGGUUUCGGAGGACCCCUUCCGUAUGGAUUCGACCCCUCCGUCCCGCCGCCCCCCUUCGGCUGCCCGCCGCCUGCACACUUUCCCAACGCGGCGACCGGGGCGCCGAUUCACCCAUUCGACGGCGCGGGAGCCUCCACCUUUGACCCGUUCCCCCAGCAGUACCGAGCCUGUCCCGGGACCGCGCGCUAUGACCCGGAGCCCGGUCCCAACCAACACCACGAAUACACGGACUUCUCUGAGCGCGGCGCGCUGCUCGCCAAUGCGCGGUUCCCUCCGCAGGCGAAGAACCGCGACAGGAGUCCGGAAACAAGAACGCAGCCCGAGGAUGAAACCGCUGUACAGAGGAGGCGGGACCUGCAGUGGAUCGGACGCUUCUUGCAAGGCCGAGACCGGGCCGCCCGGGCCCCUCGGGCCCAGCACAGCGGAGCCCCGGGGCCGAGGGCGGCUCUGCACCGGGCCGCCCGGCUCGUCUCCCGGCUGGCGGAGGCCUGCGAAGCGCUGAGGGACACCGCGGGGGACGAGUGCGCGUGGGCGGACUCUUAUUCAACGGCACUGGGAGUGAAGACGGAGCUGCAGGACGAGCUCGAUCGCCUCCGCCUCGGGGAGCGUCUCCAUAGCUGGAAGGCGAAGUUGUCCCGCGUCGCUAAGAGGAGGGCUCGGCUGCUGAGGGCCCGGAAGCUGCACCAGCUGGACGAGAAGCUCCGAGAGGAGCAGAUCGCCGACAAAGAGGCGGCCAUAGACAAGUGGAGGAUGCAGCGCGUCCAACAAGUGGAGGAGAGGAAGAAGGAGCGGGAGCUGAAGCUGGCUGCAGACGCUGUCCUCUGCGAGGUGCGGAAGAAGCAGGCAGACGUGAAGAGGAUGCAGGACAUCCUGAGGUCUCUGGAGAAACUGCGCAGACUAAGGAAAGAGGCCGCAUUGAGGAAAGGUAUCACCACCGAGCAGCAAUGUGACGAGGCGUUCAGCAGCGGACUGGAGCACCUGAGGUGUGUGAUGAAGAAGAGGACCGUGGUCUACUCGGCGGAGGAGAAAGCUCUGAUGGUGAUGCUGGAAGGGGAGCAGGAGGAGGAGAGGAGGAGAGAGCAAGAGAAACGACUGAAAAAGGAGAGGGAGAGACACCUGCAGAGGAAGCGCAGAGUGCGCGCCAUGUUGUUUGGAGAGGACCUGCCUGCUGAUUCCCUUCUGCAGCCCUUCACAGAAUAUUACACCCAGGCUGAGCGCUCGCUGCACGCUUUACUCCAAAUCAGGAGAGAGUGGGAUGUGUUUGUGGUUCCAGCGGAUCAUCCCGACGGCUCUGCAGUUCCUCCGAGCUGGAUCCUACCAGACGACCCGUCAGACCAGGCCUGGGCCUCUGCUGUGCACUCUGCAGACACCGAGUGAGACGAGUGUCCCGCCAACCAGCGCUGGAGCCGCAGGCGUCCAGUGCAGGGCUCUGUGCAAGGACACAAUGAUUAGGAGCAUCAAAGGAUUAAGAAGUAGAAGCACACGGCUUCGUGAUUACACAAAGACGCUGUUAAGCACGUCUAGAAGACGGGCUUCUACACAGUGGUACAUGAUCUCCAUCAGCUUAUUGCCUUUCUGUUCUGCCUCAUAUUUGUUAUAAAAACAGACAAAUAAAAGGCGUUGGUUCUUUUUUAUAUGUAGUUUUAAUGUCAUACUGAUACAAGACAAAUUAAUUAGUAAAGUAUUACAUGUAUUUCAAUAUGAUCAGUGUGAGCAAAGAAACAUUGUGUUAACUCUCUCAGUCCCGUGGGAAGAACCUGGCAUGGCGUUACACCAGGAGGUGCCCAGAAUCACUCCUGGUCACGAAUGGACAGGAAAAUGUAUAUUUCUCACCACGGUGGUGGUAAUAAAAUCUUAAGUUGGUUCUGA